GGCUACUAGCAGCUAGCAACUACAGUCGUGUUGAUUUGACAUUCUUUGAGAGGUGAUUGAUAUCACUACUUUCAACAAAAUAUAGCAACUCUUACCUUGCUCUCCUGGAAGUUUCUGGAAAACAACAGUCGAUCAGCAUUUUCUUGUACUAUAUCAACUUCAGCAGCAGUGCUUGCUUCUACUUCUUUACGGAGUCCACCUAGCUGGCUGAACGAAACCAGACAGAGAAGUUCGUCGUCAUGACGACGAUCGUUUUUAAUUUUUCCGUCAUUUGCUAGGUCUAUCCCGCCAUGCAAUAUGUAAGGAUUUACAAACAUGGUACGCAAGCGUUCAUGUUGUGGUGAGAACGUUCGGUCUACGUGCAACGCCUACCGCAAACGCUUGGUAGUGCGCAACUUUCUUGGGUUGCUUGUCGCUUGUUGGAUCUUCCUCAUCCUCCUUUUAAGGCCAAUCCCAAUAAUGUCUCUUAGUUGGUUAUGUUGAACCGCGACAGGGACUACACACACACAUGACAUCUUGUGGUCGUUCAAAAGCUUCCAGUAGCAAGAGCAGGAGUUGGUUUAUUAAUAUUUGAUGCAAGGUACGUCUGAUUAUGAGGGAAUACGUCGGGCUCGCGGACGACGAGAAAAAUACCUACCAACCUACACGUCUGCAGAAAUUCCUGGAUUCUUUUUAUAAAUGGAAAGGGGCAGGGAGUAGCGUUCUAAUUUUCAGCUAUUUUGUGGAUUUUUACUUCGAGUUGCAGGUAGACUUCGUCCAUGCAGUGGAGGAUAUUUUUCAUUGGCACGCCGACUAUUUUCCAAAAUACGAAGUGUUGUCUCUAGCGGUGGUCCUAAACACAGUUUUUACAGUUCUGGCGCCGUGUUUGUGGACUCCAUCACGGGUAGUAAUAUUCUUUUAAGGCUGUAGUAGUUGCUGCGAUAAGAAAUUAUUAAUUACGACUCAUCAUACUACUAGGUACGUCCAGAACCAGAUACAACAAUAAGCUGAAGAACCGAGAUAUUCGUCUGACCUUCAUCUUCUGCCAAGCAUUCACUUUCACUCGUGACUCGUCUGUUUGAAAAAUUCAUUGGCCAACAAAGGGUGUGUGGAAAACAUGAUUGAAGAGUAAGACCACAUUGGACUUCACAACAUGCGCUCUUCUAAGUCUGUGAGGUUCACUGGGUGAUAGAGGAGUUUGUGUUUCCACGGCGCGGCGGUUUCGCAGCGUCUCAGCAAGCGCUUCGCGUGAAGUGGCGUGAAGCAACAGACACGGGGCUCUACGCUUAUCUUUUCGCGCAAGCGAAUGAAUUAGCGCCAGAACAAGACCUAGAGGACGAACCUGGCGGAUCUUCUGGAAGUAGUGCUGCGGGGCAAAGCCGUGGACGCGGGGCCUCGACGAGCGCGAUGAAUAACAAAGGACGGAAACAGGCGUCCUUCUUGGGCACCUCGGCUUCGGGGAGUGACUAUUAUUCCUCAAAGGCGUCGAUCAAGGCAAAGCACAAGAAGGCCAAAGAGCCGAGUCCUUUGCCUACGCCACCGAACGAAACAGAUCCUGAAUACACGAGUCCGCCACGCCGAGCGAACAAUGCCUCGUCUGAUGACGUAACAAACACUUCUACCAGGGCGAGUGCGAGCAGCGCUGCUACAGCUCCAGGCGCGUCUUCUUCAGGAGGGGCAGCAGGAGCUUCAUCUUCUGGUGGCGAUCAUGCAGCCUCAACUUCUAGCGUUGGACCUUCUGGACCAGGUCAGGAAGCUGGGGAGCAGCAGCAACAGUGUGGAGAAGAUUCAUCAGGAGCAGCGUCUUCCUCAACGGCUUUAUCCUCCGAGAAGGCGCUGUCUGGUAAUCUUACCACUUCUAGUACACCGCUUCAAAGAGUCCCUGGUGCUGCCUCACCAGACACGUCAUCCCCUGACUUCGAACCGAACAAUAAUGGCAACGGCGAGAACAGCUCCGACGAGGCCAGGGCAGGGAGCAACACAUCUGGCCCUGUGAGUGAGUCUCAAUACUCCCUUUUAGAAUGCUCGCGGUCUUGGCGCAAGCUCCGAAAGCGUCGUUUAAAGAAGCUUCGAGAAUCGAAGGAUCCCGGCGAGUCGGAGAAAGCGGAUGUGCUCAUACGCGAGUACCAAGUAAAAGAAUCCGAUCACAACUCGGACAACGCAGAUCGACUGCAGAGAGUUCUCUUUCUGCAUCAAAGCGAAGUCACGCUACUCGAUAUUCCGACACCGGUGCAGGAGGUACUAUCUGCACCGCCGUGAAGAUAUUGUGAAUGAACUAACAGAUAAGAUUGGCCAGUGUCAGCCAGAGCGCCGAAUAGAUUCACAUCAUCAAGAUCGGUCAGAGUCACACUGCGAUUGAUGAGGGUAGAUUAAAGAACGAAGUACUAUAUUUAAACUCAGACUCAUCCUAAUUGAUAUGUACGACAGGUGCGGGAAAUGGCUGAAGAACUGUGUGCUGUUUUAGCGCAGCUGGAUCGGCCGCAGAUGCGAGAGUUUGUAAAGCUGUAUUGGGAGAACGAAUACGGUGUGAGAGCUGCCAGGGAUUACCUGCUACGUGUCUGCUAUAAGCCUCCUUCAUCAUUGCAGCCGGACAAGGAAGAGGAGCCAGAAGACACGUCUGCAGGUGGGAAGGCGACGAGAACCUGCAAAGAAGGCGACAAGAAUCAUCAAGGGUCUAUCACAGGUGGAACAGUGGUCCCUAGCGGCGUCGUGGAAGACAUGUCACCUUACAUCGCAGAGCUAGAUGACGGCAGUCUUGUUCUGAAUUUCGAAGUAGACGCACAGACACAGCCUACUUUGGUCGAUUUUGUUAACUAUGAGGAGACCUACGCCGUCGGGGACGACAAAGGCGAGGACCUCCAAACGACUUCGCAAAGCACAUCGAAGCAAGGCUCUCAGGGAGACCUCGAUGAAGACCAGUCGAAUAGCAGCAGCGGUGGCGUCAUGGAGGAAGAUGACGAGGAGAAUGAUGCAAGGCGCGGAAUGAGCACGACUUCCGCACGUUCGUCGAAAGAUCGCAACAAUUUUGCAUCGUCGUCUACAGUGGACCAGCAUGCGGCUAACGAAGGUUCGAGUGACUUCGCCCCUCGUCGUUGGCUCGUGGCUGCGUUAGAUUACUUGGCACCCAUAGACACAACAGCUAACGCAAAAGACGGACAAAUGAACAACGACUCAAACGCGAAUAAUAAUCCUACCGUCGGUAACGACACAAAUUCAGCGGGUGCCGUUUCCAAAAACAAAAACGUGCCUGGCACUAGCCGUCCCGUAGGCCGGAAUGUUGGGCGUGGAACCCUUCUGCUGGCUCCCAGCAAGAACCAAAAUCAGCCUCAUCUUAUGCCUGAGUAAGUACGUGAUUAUCAUGCUGCCUACAACAUGUUUGCAGAUACACAUCAUGAAACAAGAUCUGCAUCUGUAAGAGUCAAAGAUGCUGUCAGUCACUGCCAGAAAGUAUUAUUAUAUAUAAAUAUAUACCAUAGAUUGAUCUCGUUGAUAACUUGCUUCGUGUUCGCACUCGCUACUUCUAAUGAUGAGCAGAACCAGCGUUCCUCAGAUGUUGUUGAGGCAGAGCCCGAAGAUCCCUAUGCAGAAUUUUAUCAUAGCCACUUGCCUGACUCAGAGAUUUAUGCCCAGGUGCGAAAUCCGGGGGAGUACUUUGUGCCUCUUGCCAUAAAUGAGUGCAUGGCGCACGCGAAAUUGUUGGGCCGCAAAUGCUUGCGCAACAACGGAUUUUCUUCGCACGAGUGUGACACCAUCCUUUACCGAAACAACUACAACCACCUGAAAAACUACCAAAUUAGAAACGCACGCAUGUUUUCACCCGCAAGGGUGCAAAAACUGCGGACAAUGUGAGGGAACUAUUUCAGGUGGCAGCGCGAUGACGGCAUGAACAUCAGGACAACAGUACCACACCAAGAGGAUAACAUAUGACUGCGAAUAUCUACUACUUUGUUUUUCCUAGAAUCGGAGACUACGAACUGGAAUCCGGGACGGAAGCGAGAGAUCUUUUGCGAAAUUUCACACGGAGUGCAUGAUUAUGCUCUCAUCAUUUAGCGAGUAAGUAACCGCUUGCGAGGAGAUGUAAAAAUCAUACAAUCUCCGAAAAAUAUUAAGCAUGGAUUUUGAUUCGAUCCUGCUACAUCGUAGUAAGUAGAAGUUAGCCUGAAGGGACUUUCAUGUCUCUAGUUGCGUUCGAUGCAUGUUGAGUCAUGUUGUUUCUCGCCAGGAGCGUUUCCGCAGACACCUCACACAAGGCGUGGUAACAGAAUGUGCAGCUUGUUGUAGAAAGCACUCUGAUCAUCGACGAAGUUUUUUAUAUACAGGUUCUGGG